AUGCUGCAAUCAGCAGCGUAUGCAAGCUGGUUUGAGGAUAACAUGCGUUGUACCAAGGAGACGUUUCUGCGGCUAGGCCGUUUCCUACAAGAGCAUGGAAUUCGGUUUGCUAACGCCAAGGUACGCCAGCACUCCUACGAGAAGAAGGUCGCUGCAGCUCUAUACUUUCUAGGAUCUUCUGGUGGUUAUCGUGAGGUUGGUGCCGCUAUGGGGAUGUCGCGAAGCUACGUGAAGGAGAUUACAGAUGAAGUGAUUCACGUGUUGAAGUUGGUAGCGUGUCAAGUGAUUUCGUUUCCGCGUGACCGUAGAAGGUGGAAUACUAUCGAAGACCAGUUUGCUUUACGCCAAGGCUAUCCUGGUGUUGUUGGAGCUAUUGACGGAUCGCUUGUUGAGGUUGAGCGUCCGGAUGAUUUUGACGGCUUCUACUGUCGUAAGAGCUAUCCUGCCCUGAAUGUUCAAGCAAUCGUGACGAUGGACAAUUAUUUUUUGAGUGUGGAGGUGCGCCCUGGGUCGUGGUCCGACCGCAAAUGCUGGCAACAUAGCGUCAUCGCUCGAAAUGUUUUCAACAUUAUCCCGGCAGGCACGCAUUUUGUGGGCGAUGCUGGUUAUGCGUUGUCGCCUGGUUUAAUGGUUCCAUACUCCGACAGAGAAGAAGGUGGAGCGCUGACAGAGCGUCAGAACAAGUUCAAUUAUUUUCAUUCCAGUACGCGCAUGGUAGUCGAAAGUACAUUUGGCCAUUGGAAGGGUAGAUUUAAAAUUUUGCAAUGCACGCUUAACCAAGACACGCCUCGUGAUGCAAGCGACGUAAUCGUUGCCACAAUUGUGCUACACAAUCUGAUCAUUAGCUUUCGAGAUGCUGCUGCAAUUCCUCGCUACGUGGAAGAAGACGACGACGAGUUAGUUUUCGACGACACUACGUGCUCGAGCCGCCAACGUGACGUCGCUGUGGCGAAACGAAAUGCCAUUGCUAAUUUGCUUUGGCCAUAA